CUCAGGAAUUAAGUAACUUUAAGAAAGCCCGUCAUUUAUGUCUAUCAAUAGCAGAAGAGAUACGCAUGAUUCCUUCUUUCAUUUACGAGGCAAAGAAACUGCGCACUCUCCAAAUCUACGGAGGACAUAUACCUUCAGUUUCUUCUGAUUUAUUUCGUCACUUAACAUGUCUGAGGACAUUAAAUUUGGGUGGUACUUACCUUGAAGAGCUUCCAAAUGAGAUAGAGAAGUUAGUACAUCUAAGGUAUCUUAAUUUGGACAAGGCAAGGUUCAAAGAACUACCUAAAACGGUGACUAGUCUGUACAAUUUGCGAGUAUUAAGUCUUUACAGAUGCAUAAAUCUUUGUAAACUACCUGAAGGGAUUUGGAGAUUGGUCAAUUUGAUAGUUCUUGAUUUGAAAGAAUGCCGCCAACUAAGCUACUUACCAGAAGGAAUUGGGAAAUUAUGCAAAUUGCGUAUAUUGUCAUACUUCACUAUCGGUGGUGGGGUGGAGCAGAGAGGAGGAUGUAAGAUUGGAGAACUAAAAGAUCUCAACUUCCUCCAAUAUACUCUAAAGAUAAUAGGUUUGGGGAGAGUGGAAAAUGGAAAUGAGGCUAAGUUGGCAUGCUUGAAUAAUAAGCAACAUCUUCGUGCUUUGUAUAUCUAUUUUAAUCAAUUUACCGGUGUUUCACUAGUUGAUGAGGGAGUCGAUGAAGAAGAUAAAAUAGAAGAAGAAGUUGUUGAUGGAGGAGAUAUGUCGUCGAGGAAGAGGAUGGAGGAUGUUCUAGAAAGCCUUCGACCACAUCCAAACCUUGAGAAACUAUCAAUUGUUGAUUACCCUGGUGUUGUGUUCCCCAAUUGGAUGGGUAGUCAUGCAGAGCCCAUGAUUUUCUCCAAUCUAGUUUUCUUGGAACUGCGUGGGUGGAGGAAGUGUAAGCAAUUGCCUCCUACCUUAGGGAAACUUCCAUCCCUUGAAACCCUUGUAAUAGAUGGAAUGGAUAAGGUGAAAUUCAUGGGUGUUGAGUUUUUUGGAAUCGAUGAUGAUGGUGGUGCUACAAGAAGAAGCAGUGACACAAUUAUAUUCCCAAAGUUGAAAGUAUUUCUGUUGGGUGUGAUGCAGAAUUUGGAGGAGUGGAAUAUGAGAGUACAAGACAAAGAAGAAAAAGAUGGGAAUAAUAAAGAGUUCAUCUUUAUGCCGUGUCUACAGCAUCUUGUUCUUGCUGUAUUGCCCAAGUUAAGGUCGUUUCCACAACACCUUACCCGGGGGGCUACAUUCCUGAGGAAAUUGUUCAUAUGGAACUGUCCAAAAUUGAAUUGGAUGAUGCCAUCAUCUCCAUCUUCUACCUCCCAUGAUCUUCCCUACCUACAUGUUGAGGAGUUGAUUUUAAAAUGGGAUGCAGGUUCAUUUUCAAAAUCAUUAUUAUUAGAAGUACCAAACAACAACCACAUGUGGUGGUUGUUUCUCCCUAAGCUAAAGUUGCUGCGUGUGAGACAAUCACCUUACUCCUCGUUACCUCAAGGCUUAGGGAAACUCACAUCCCUUGAGAUUCUGGAUAUCCGAACCUGUUCUAAGAUCAAGUCCAUACCUGAGGGGGAGUUGCAACAUCUCACCGCACUCCAAGAGUUGAGGGUCAUGAGGUGUCCUGCCUUGAGACCACGUUGCCGAAAGGAGAUAGGAGAAGAUUGGAGCAAGAUAUCCCAUAUCCCAAAUAUCUUCAUCGACCGCGAGAAGAUCAAAUGAU